UCUGUUGCUCUUGUUCAUGUGAACAUAACAUGAUUGAUGCUGUUGAUACAAACUCAUAGGGUUUAUAGAGUGACCUCUUUAUUGACACGUCUCGCUUCUCUUACUGCAACAUACAUCAAAGCAACAUUAUUGUUUGGUUUCCUAGAAAAUUUAUAAAAACCUCUUCAGAUUUCUCUCUCUCUCUCUCUCUCUCUCUCUCUCUCUCUUAUCUCGUUUCUCCUCGGAUCAGAUCUUCCCACCCAUUGCUUCCCCCAGCUCUAUAUGAUCGGUUCUACAUGGCAAAACCAAGUUCAGCUGAUGGUAGGACUAGAAGCUCUGUGCAGAUCUUUAUAGUAGUUGGUUUGUGCUGUUUUUUCUAUAUAUUAGGAGCAUGGCAGAGAAGUGGUUUUGGAAAGGGAGAUAGCAUAGCAUUGGAGAUUACCAAGAAAGGGGUGGACUGUAAUGUAGUUCCAAAUUUAAGUUUUGACUCUCACCAUGGUGGAGAAGUUAGCAAAAUUGAUGAAGCUGAUUCAAAACCUAAGGUAUUUGAACCUUGCAAUGCUCGUUAUACUGAUUACACUCCCUGCCAAGAUCAACGGCGUGCCAUGACCUUUCCUAGAGAAAACAUGAAUUAUCGAGAAAGGCACUGUCCCCCUGAGGAAGAGAAGUUACACUGUUUGAUCCCAGCGCCCAAUGGGUAUGUAACUCCAUUUCCAUGGCCAAAGAGCCGUGAUUAUGUUCCAUAUGCAAACGCACCCUACAAGAGCCUUACAGUUGAGAAGGCUAUUCAGAACUGGAUCCAAUAUGAGGGCAAUGUGUUUAGAUUCCCUGGUGGUGGAACCCAAUUUCCUCAAGGUGCAGAUAAAUAUAUUGAUCAAAUCUCUUCUGUUAUACCUAUAAAGGAUGGGACAGUUAGGACAGCACUGGACACUGGUUGUGGGGUGGCCAGUUGGGGUGCAUAUCUUUGGAGCAGAAAUGUUAUUGCUAUGUCAUUUGCACCAAGGGACUCUCAUGAAGCACAAGUACAGUUUGCUCUGGAGCGUGGUGUACCUGCUGUCAUUGGUGUUCUGGGAACCAUAAAAUUGCCUUAUCCAUCUGCAGCCUUUGACAUGGCACAUUGUUCUCGCUGCUUGAUUCCUUGGGGAUCAAAUGCUGGAAUGUACAUGAUGGAAGUUGACCGAGUUCUUAGACCUGGUGGUUAUUGGGUGCUUUCGGGUCCUCCAAUCAAUUGGAAGGUUAAUUACAAAGCCUGGCAGAGACCUAAGGAGGAACUCGAGGAAGAACAAAGAAAGAUUGAAGAUAUUGCUAAGCUCCUUUGCUGGGAGAAGAAGUCUGAAAAGUAUGAAAUUGCCAUUUGGCAAAAAACUGUAGACUCAGAAUCAUGUCGUAGCAAACAAGAAGAUUCUAGUGUAAAAUUCUGUGAAUCAACGGAUGCUGAUGAUGUCUGGUAUAAGAAAAUGGAGGCCUGUAUUACUCCCAGUCCUAAAGUUUCUGGUGAUCUUGAGCCAUUUCCACAGAGGCUAUAUGCCAUCCCUCCUAGAAUUGCUAGUGGCUCUGUUCCUGGAAUUUCGGCUGAGACAUACCAGGAUGAUAACAAUAAGUGGAAAAAGCAUGUAAAUGCUUAUAAGAAAAUUAAUAGACUUCUGGAUUCUGGAAGGUAUCGCAACAUUAUGGAUAUGAAUGCUGGAUUGGGUAGUUUUGCUGCAGCUAUUCAAUCUCCUAAGUUAUGGGUCAUGAAUGUUGUGCCUACUAUAGCUGAAAAAUAUACGUUGGGUGUCAUAUAUGAGCGAGGACUUAUUGGCAUCUUUCAUGAUUGGUGCGAAGCCUUCUCCACGUAUCCAAGGACAUACGACCUCAUUCAUAGCCAUGGUCUCUUUAGUCUGUACAAGGACAAAUGUAAUAUAGAAGAUAUUCUUCUGGAGAUGGACCGGAUUUUGCGACCAGAAGGUGCUGUUAUAUUCCGAGAUGAAGUUGAUGUCUUAAUUAAGGUAAAGAAAACAGUUGAGGGAAUGAGAUGGAAUACUAAAAUGGUUGACCAUGAAGAUGGUCCACUUGUUCCUGAGAAGAUACUAAUUGCUGUGAAGCAGUAUUGGGUUGCUGGUGCAAAUGCCACAUCAACACAAUAAUCACUGAAGACAAAUUGAAAGGCUUGGCCUUAGGCUACCAGUACCUUUCUGUAUAUGAUCCUUACAGAGUUCAUAUGGUUUUGUCAUGAUUUUGGCUUAACUAAUCACGACACUGGCACAGGGAGGUCUGUUACUUGAGUCAUGCACAAUUAUCACCUCGCUCGGGUUUUAUGGUAUUAGGCAUUUUUUUUUCUCAUAAUUUAAUUAUCUUGUUAUACGAUGUUACAUUCAAAAGUCAAGCAAACACUGGCUUUUUUGUUUUUAAUAGUUUCUCUUAUUUAUCUGAAUUUUAAGUUGCAGCCUCUCUAUUGGUCCAUUGUACUAGUUACAGUUUGUCUACAUUUUGUAACCAACUAUCGCGUAUGGUUCUAUC